CAGGAAGUAGCUACAGGGGUUGCUCGCUGAUGUUUUUUUUACGUCUAGAUUCAUUCAAUGCAUUUCUUCUUUCACGGGAUCACGUAUAACAAACAUCUUGUUUCCAAAAGACCGUCACAUGACGGGGGCUGGUCUAAAUUCUAACAAGGAAGCUGCUCACGGUUGAGAACAGAGAAGUAGCAGCGAGCACAUAAAUUUGUCCACAAGUCAGUGGUCCACAAAGAUGAUUUAUUUACUUGUAUUGUUAGUAUGCGUAUCGGUGUGUCCAGUUCAGGCGUUGGACAAUGGUCUCGCCCUGACGCCCACAAUGGGAUGGUUGCACUGGGAGAGAUUCUUGUGCAACACUGACUGUGAAAAUGAUCCUGACAACUGCAUAAGGGAGAAGCUCUACAUGCAGAUGGCAGAUGCGAUGGUGGCGGAGGGCUGGCUGGAGGCCGGCUACGAGUACGUGUGCAUAGACGACUGCUGGCCCCACCACCAGCGCGACGCCCAGGGACGCCUGCAGGCCGACCCCAAGAGGUUCCCCAGCGGCAUCAAGAAGCUGGCCGACUACAUCCAUUCCAAGGGAUUGAAGUUCGGAAUCUAUGGAGACGUGGGUUCCAUGACGUGUGCUGGCUAUCCUGGUAGUCUGGGCUUCUAUGAACAAGACGCCAAAACCUUCGCAGAAUGGGGUGUGGAUUUGUUGAAGUUUGACGGCUGCUAUAUGAACGACAUGGAUAUGCUUGAAGCAGGUUAUAAGAACAUGUCCAAGGCUUUGAACCAAACGGGGAGGAGCAUUUUGUACUCUUGUGAGUGGCCAUUGUAUGAGUGGCCACAUCGUCAGCCAAACUACACAGCCAUAAGGCAAACCUGCAACCACUGGAGGAAUUAUAAUGACGUGUACGACUCCUGGAGCAGCAUCCAGAGCAUCGUAGACUGGACCGCCACUCACCAGAAGAUACUGGUCCCGGUCGCAGGCCCAGGAGGGUGGAAUGACCCAGACAUGCUGGUCCUUGGGAACUUCGGCCUGACCCACGACCAGCAGCAGUCUCAGAUGGCCCUGUGGGCGAUCAUGGCCGCCCCGCUGCUCAUGUCCAAUGACCUGCGGGACAUGUGCCCCAAGUCCAAGGCCCUGCUGCAGAACCGCAGGAUCAUCGCCAUCAGCCAGGACCCGCUGGGACAGCAGGGCUACCAGGUUGGAAAGGCGUUUGGCUUUGACCUGUGGGAGAGGCCGCUGUCCGGUCCGUCCUUGGCCGUGGCUGUUGUCAACCGGCAGGAGUUGGGCGGCCCGAGGGCGUUCCCCUUGGCCAUAGCGACUCUGCCCAGCUGGCAGGUGUGUGACCCCAAGUGCAACGUCACCCAGAUCCUGCCCACAUACCAGGAGCUGGGGGUGCUCGCUCUCGACGGCAAGCUGGUGUUCAAGAUUAACCCCUCGGGCACCGCUCUGGCAACCCUCACUCGCAUCAAGUGAACUUGGAAGGGAGACGUGGGAUCAUGCGUAAGGGCGUGAAGACACAAAAGCACUUUAUAAUGGAGAUUUUAAUCUGCGUUUAUGAGGGACUGAUUCUAUUGCACUGCUACCUUGCUUCACCCAAUGAGCACAUUAUGAUGAAUAUGCCAAUAGAUGUGUGAGGAUUUUCUUGAAUGUGUUUUUUAAGUCUAUCAAAGACGAGCAAAAGUACAUGGUGAAAGAGUUUCUGAAUCUCACAAGUCAGCUUUUCACAGUAUUCAAUUCUGAUGGAAAAAAAAACUUUUCUCCUGGUUGGUUGUGACUUGACAUUCAAUAACCAAUUUUUGCCGCAUCACUGUAGAAAAUUCUUGGUUAAAACGGAAAUUCAUGUCACACUGAAUGCAGCCAUUUUAGCAGUUGGCUGAAUUUCAUUGUGUGUAGCGACACUGGGUUUUUAGACUUGACAAAGGGAGUUACUUUUUGUGACAAUUGUUUUAUUUCAGGUUUAAAUGAAGGGAAAAUGAUUUAAGUUUAAAUUAUGCCAUUGCUGGUCCAUUUUUGUACUGAUGUGAUCUGCGGAAUAAAAUUCUGAAUUUUAA